AUGGCAGGACGUGAUGAUUAUCGUCGACGAAGCCCCCGUAGAGACGCCGACCGAGGCAACGAGGAUGACCGACGAGAUCCACGUGAUAUCGAAGAGAUUGCAAGGCUACAACAAAGAGUCCGGGACUUGGAGUUGCAGCAGGAAGCUCGUUUUCAAGGAUCCGAUGACGAAUCCAUAGUCCGGGACUAUGGUGAGUUCGAAGGCAAUCCUUUUGGUCGACGGGGUCGACGCCAUGACAUUCAUGCUUCAGAUCUACUCCGGAGCAUGGGUAUUAAAAUCGAAAUUCCAGAGUUCGAUGGUCGAUUGCAGCCUGACGAAUUUAUCGACUGGAUUAGUACAGUGGAACGUAUCUUCGACCUUAGAGACAUCCCUGAUUCCAUCAAGGAAGCGUUUUUGGAAUACCACAACCUAUCCCAGCGGGUUUCUACCGUUGAGGAUUUAAUUGCUGAUUUUGAUCGAUUACGGAUGAGAUGUGGUGCCGAGGAGGAGGAAGAACAAAUCAUUGCCCACUUCCUAGGUGCCUUACGACCCGAUAUUGCUGAUGUUGUACAACUCCAGCCCUAUUGGAAUUUUAAUGAUGUGUGUCGUCUCGCCUUGAAGGUGGAGAAACAAAUGAGAAACAAGAACAAGAUCGUGACUCCUAAGUCCGGCCCAAUCAAAGCCGAUUUAUCCCGGGGAUCUGUUCCUUCCUCACCUGGACCGCAAACCAGCCCAAUCAAAGCUGAACGUCCAGGAGGAACAACCAGUCCAUCAUCCACAGGUUCAUCUCGUGUCACACGGUGUUUCAAAUGCUACGGGUUGGGCCACUUUGCUCGAGAAUGUCCUAACAAGCACCUCGUUACACUGGCUGAAGACACACUCCCUCAAUAUGACACUGAACAGGAUGACAUUCUCGAGUCGGGAUCUGAAGUCCUUCUUCCCGACAAGGGAGAAGCAUUAAUUGUCCAACGAACCCUUAAUAUUGCAGCAGCCCCACCUGCUGAUGACACUCUUUGGCUGCGAAACAACAUCUUUAGAACCCGUUGUACCUCCAAAGGUAAGGUCUGUACAGUUAUCAUCGAUGGAGGAAGUUGUGAGAACGUGGUUGCAGUUGAAAUGGUUGAGAAGUUAGGUCUCAAGGCCGAACCCCAUCCCGAUCCUUAUCAGUUGACAUGGUUAAAAAAAGGGAAUAUUGUGAAAGUUACUCAGCGAUGUCUCGUAACAUUUUCGAUUGGAAACAAAUAUUCUGAUGAGGUUUGGUGCGAGGUCAUACCCAUGGAUGCUUGUCAUCUAUUACUGGGUCGACCUUGGCAAUAUGAUCGACGUACGAAGCAUGAUGGUUUCCGAAAUACCUAUUCGUUUAGAAAAGAUGGCGUUAACAUCGUCCUUGCUCCUCUUGACAGCCGUGAUUCGAGCACCGAGGCUGUUAUUCUCUCCAAAACUGCAUUUGUUGAUUUUACACGCCAAACAACUCCGCCUGUGAUGUAUUCGUUGGUGUUACUCGAGCCAAACUCUUCAAUAGCAGAACCACCAGAAGCAGUACAACCGUUAUUACGUGAGUUCGGAACUGUUUUCCCGAACGAGAUACCCGCAGGUUUACCUCUCAUGCGAGACAUUCAACAUUGUAUUGAUUUCCUUCCGGGCUCGGUUAUUCCCAAUAAACCAGCUUAUAGGAUGAACCCUAAAGAGUAUGAGGAGCUACAGCGACAAGUCAGUGAACUCCUAGAUAAAGGCUUUAUCAGAGAAAGCAUGAGCCCCUGCGCAGUCCCAGCCUUAUUGGUUCCAAAACCGGGUGGAGCGUAUCGUAUGUGCAUCGACAGCCGGGCUGUUAAUAAAAUCACUAUCAAGUAUCGAUUCCCGAUUCCACGAUUUGAAGACCUACUCGAUCAGCUACACGGAGCAUCGGUUUUUUCAAAAAUUGAUCUUCGCAGCGGUUAUCAUCAGAUACGAAUGCGACCGGGUGACGAAUGGAAGACGGCAUUUAAGACUCGUGAUGGGCUUUACGAGUGGAUGGUUAUGCCUUUUGGUCUUUCAAAUGCGCCUAGUACAUUUAUGAGACUUAUGAACCAGGUGUUUAAACCCCUCAUAGGACAUUGCGUGGUUGUUUAUUUUGAUGACAUCUUGGUAUUUAGCCAGAAUGUUCAACACCACCUCAGCCACCUUCGUCAGGUUUUUACUAUUUUACACGAUCAGAAGUUGUAUGCGAACCGAACCAAGUGUCACUUCUUGUCAUCAGAAGUACUUUUUCUGGGUUUUCUUAUCUCGCAGCAGGGUAUUCGCAUGGACGAGUCAAAAAUAGAAGCUAUCACGUCAUGGCCCACCCCCACAUCGGUUCACGAGGUUCGUAGUUUCCAUGGAUUAGCUUCGUUUUACAGGCGUUUUAUUCGAAAUUUCAGUUCAAUUGUAGCACCCAUGACCAACUGUUUGAAAGGCCACACCUUUGUGUGGACUAAUGCCGCUAAUCACGCUUUUGAGGAAUUAAAGAAACGGGUCACGCAAGCCCCUGUUCUCGCUUUACCCAAUUUUCAGCUCACUUUUCAGGUGGAGUGUGAUGCUUCGGGCCAUGGUAUUGGGGGCGUUUUAAGUCAAGAAAAUCGUCCUAUCGCGUUUUUUAGUGAGAAAUUAAGUGAUGCGAAACAGAAAUAUAGUACGUAUGAUAAGGAGUUCUACGCCAUCGUUCGAAGUCUUGAGUAUUGGAGGCAUUAUCUACUAUCGGGGGAAUUCGUUUUAUACUCGGAUCAUCAGGCCUUGCUGUAA